UUGGUCGUGGAGCCUAAGCUACAGGCUUAUCCGUUUCAGGCUCCAACGAGCGGUGUUUGGCAAUUGCAUCUCUGCUACCGUAAUUAAUGGCCUCCAAUCUCCUCAAGCUUCUUCCUUCCCAGACCUGCCUCGGAGCCUCACCUCCGCUCCAUCAUCCUAAUGUCCACCUCCAACACGCGUCCCCCACCUUCCCCAAAAGACCGCACCUUUCUGCCUCACUCGUCAGCUCUUCACUAGGACGCAUCACCGCUUCCUCCACUCGGGACCUCUCCUCCCCCACUCCCUACAAACCUCCCUCCUCUAGAGAAGAAGCCAUCUCCCAGGCCAAGCUCUGCCUCUCCACCACCCUGCAGAAACCCCUCAACAACUCGCCUCCCCUCCCCACCAGGAAGCUCAAGAAGCUGAGACAUCCCCGGUACCGCGUCGAGAUACCGGUCGUCGACGACUCACCGGGCUCCCUCACCCAGCUCGCCCUCGACGUCUUCUCUGACCUGUCCAUCCGGAAAAAGGGCGGGAAACCGAGGCUGUUGAUCUUGUGGCCUUCUCCCGCGGUGGCAGAUUCGGCGCGGCAGGCGUUCGACUCGGUCGACUCGAUCGUCAACUCGGACUGUGCCUCGGUGACGUCCGAGUCGCUGAGUUCCACGGACUUGGCGGUCUUUAUGGCGCCCGAGGUGUCCCAGUUGGAGGAAAUGAAAGCGGUCACCGACUGCCUUUACCCCAAGCCGGUGGUCCUCUUCAACCCCCAGUGGGGGUUCGAGGAGGAGAAGGACUUGGGCAGGGCCGCCGAGAGCUUUGUGAGCUCCUUCGAGGUGGUCUACUCCUUCAUGGGGUUGGAGGUCCGAGGCGUCCUCAGCAAGAGGAGCGGUGUGGUGUUGAAAUGCGUGAGGGAUGGAGUGGUGAGUGGGGAAGGGUGGGUGGUCAUGGUGGAGGAAGAAGGUAACAAGGAGGAGCUGAAGAUGGUCACCACGUUCAAGAGGAGGCCGUCCAUCGCGGAGGUCGAGAACGUCUUGUACAAUCUGAUGGCCGCGAAUUCGCCGGUCACCAAGUCCGUGAAGUUUAUCAGUGAUCUGGUCUCCAAUGUGACUGGAAGGAAGGUGAACAAGUAAGUGUUGCUUCGUCUCAAGUCCGUGAAAGUUGAGUGUACUCCUCCUGCAAUAUUUGGCCCGUAAGUUGUUUGAUUAUUUGCCUCAACAACAGGGACAUCUGCAUAUUUUUGAGUUUCUAUAAGUUUACCGCUCUCAUUCAGCACUCCUAUUGUCCGAUUUGAGAUUCUUGUUCAUGAAAAUUCUGAUGUAUUACAUAAUUAUUUCUAGAAAAAUGAAUGUCAUGAAUGUACUACGAAAUAAUUGAAUAUGGUGUUACA